CGUAGUUUGUAACUUACGUGUUAUUUUUUUCAGUAUGUUUACAAAUUGAAUGUUGAAGUUAACUACCUCUACCAAUCACAGUACUAUAGUGAGACGGUCAGUAUUUUAGGCAAUACCUCGAGUAAUGUAAUUCUUGAAAUAUACUGGGCUUCAAAUUCAUUUACAUCUGAUUUUUAGUGCAGAAAUAUUGCCAUUAAUUUGAAAGGUGCAGAUAUAUUUCAACUUUAACUUAAAAGUUAAAGUAUGUAAGUGAUAUUUAACUUUUAAGAAAGAAACAAAAAAUCGUGGAAUACUAGUAAUCUGAAAUUAUGGGAACAAAAUGUUUCUUUACCAAAACAUAUUGAUUAAUAGUUGUCUUAAAUAAAGUAGCUAUUCUUGAAAUUGGAAAGAACAAAUAAUUUUGAAUGUUAUUUUCAUAAACGAUUUUAUGUCCAAAUAAGCCUACUUUACUUGGGAAUGAGAGAGGAAAUGGGAUUAAUUCAAAAUAGUAAAAAACAAAUGUCUUGCUUUCUUUGCUAAAUGUGAUAAGGCUUUUGUAGCUAAGAAUUACUGAUAAUGUGGUACUACUAACCCAAACAGAAAACAAAAUGUUUGAAAGCAUUGUAGCAGACUUACUAAAUAAGUUUCUUGGAGACUAUGUUGAAAAUGUGGAUCGUUCAAAAUUAAAACUUGCAGUAUGGGGAGGAAAUAUCAUUCUGAAGAACAUUGACAUUAAGCAAAAUGCACUGGAAGAUUUAGAUCUUCCAUUAAAAAUUGCUUUUGGAUAUUUAAGUGAACUCAUUCUGAAGAUUCCAUGGAAAAAUAUUUAUUCAUCUCCAGUCACUGCUGUAAUUGAUGGGUUGUAUGUUAUUAUCACACCCAGUGCUGUUCAAAAAUAUGAUGAAGAAAAAGAGAAAAAAAUCUUCCAAGAGACAAAGAAUGAAGUACUUCAGGCAGCUGAAAAGGUGAAAAUUAGAGAAGCUAAAAAACUCAAACACAGAAAUAAAAAACAAGACUCCUUUAAAGAGAAAAUACUUACCCAGAUAAUUCGUAAUUUGCAGGUGAAGGUUAAAAAUGUUCACAUUCGAUAUGAAGAUGAAUUCAUCAAUUCAAAUUCUCCCUUUGCUGCUGGAAUAACACUUCAUAACUUAUUGUUUGAAACUACAGAUGAGAGCUGGAAACCAUGCAUAGUCAAAGAAACUGUAAAAAUAUUUAAUAAACUUGUAAAUAUCGAUAGUUUAGGUAUAUAUUGGAAUAGUAGUUCAAAACUCUUCAGCAAGAUGGACUCUGAUAAUAGGAGAAGGGCAAUGCUACAAGCCAUUGCUUCUAAAAACCAUAAGCCAAUAAAUCAUUCUUUUUUGCUUAAGCCAGUAACUCUUAGUGCAAGAAUAGUGUUGAAUCCCAAACCAGAAGCUGAUGGAUCCAAUUUUUCCAUUCCAAAAGUUUGGUUGAACAUCAUAGUUGAUCAUGUUUUUAUCGAAAUGAGCAAAUCACAAUAUCAAGACAUUGUACAUCUCAUAGAAGCAUUGGAUCGAAUGUCAAUUGCAUCCAUUUAUAGAAAACACAGACCAGAUAAGCCAUACAAAGGAAAUGCAAAACUGUGGUGGGAAUUUGCAUUUAAAUGUGUUCUUGAAGAUAUUCAAAGAAAACGGAGAAAUUGGUCAUGGAUACAUAUGCAGCAGCAUCGACAGACUUGUUGCAAGUAUAAAGAUCUGUACAAGGAAAAAUUGUUAUCUAAGAAACUUUCCCAGAAUAUUCGGCAACAAAUUGAUGACUGUGAAAAUAAACUGGAUGUUUUUAACAUAACUCUCAUGCGGAGGAAAGCAGAAGUAGACGUUUCCCACAAAUUAAAAAGCAAAGCAUCACAUUCAGGUAGACGGUUUAGCAGCUUGUUUUGUGACAGCCUAAAAACUAAAAAAACAAACAGUAAUGUUAGAGGUGAUAUUGUUAAGAAACUUAAUGAAGCUAUGACAGAGUCAGAGAAAGAAAAACUGUAUAAAGCUAUUGGUUAUCAAGAAAAUGCUCUCCCAGUAGAAUAUCCAAGAGAAUUCAUUGCAAACAAAGUGAUUUUUGAGUUAAAUAAAUUUGUCAUCUCAAUUAUAGAUGAUACAAAAGUUAUAGAAAUAAUGAUGGUUGAUUCAAAGGGUAUUUCAAGUUUGAUUGAGCACAGACCGGCUGCAGAAGCAAUCAAACUGGAUAUGCAAGUGCGAGAUUUUACUAUGUUUGGAUCCUUAUCAUCAGAUGAAAAAAGACCACAGGUAAUCAAACUUGAAAAUUUAAGUGCACCAGAAAAAAGUACAGUACUUCAAAUUUUGGUUGAAACAAAUCCAUUAGAUCAGCUAUGUGAUCAAAAAAUAAAUGUAUUAACAAUGCCACUGGAAAUAAUUUUUGAUGCUCUCACUGUUAACAACUUAAAUGAAAUGUUUAAGUUACCACACACAUUACAGACUUAUCAGUUGCAGGCUGAUGCUACAAAGAAGCUGGAAGAAUUCAAGUAUCGAACAUCACUUGGCUUAGAAGAUGUUUUUGACCAACACAAAACUUUGGAUCUCAAUAUUGACAUCAAACCUUCAUAUAUUGUUAUUCCAGAAUAUGGUGAUUUAAAAAAAAGUCAAAAUGUACUGGUGAUAAACCUUGGAAAUUUUCAAAUGCAGUCAGUUCAAAGAGAAACAAAAAGUUCACUAUCACAAAAAAAGUUUGUUAAAAAAGAAGAAGCAAAGAAAGAAGAAAAUGAAACAGUGAUGACUGAAGGAUAUAAUAAAUUUCAUAUCCAUUUACAAAACCUUGUUUUAUUGCUUACAAAAGCUGGAAAUGAUUGGAGAAAACAUACUGAAGAGGAAAUGUCAACAACUAAUUUAUUGUACCCUGUCACUGUGGAUGUUAGCCUCAUGAAAGCCAUUUUUACAAAUGACAGUCAAAUGCCCAAAAUAAAAAUUUAUGGAGAAUUACCACUUUUGAAUCUAGCUUUUUCUGACUUGAAACUGCAAAACUUAAUGAACAUUAUUCAAAGUAUCCCAUUUCCAGAAGGCCAACCAUAUUACAAUCCAGAAAGAAAAGAAACAUUAAGUUCUGCUGUUACAACUGAUAUCAGGCAGGUUCAAGCAAAACCUCUAAAAGAAGUCAUUCAAUUAGAAACAUUAGUAAAUUAUGACAAUGCUAGGGAAGAUAAACAAUGUACAUAUGGGACUAAAGAAAAUGAAGCUAGUGAGCUUACAAAACUUCAGCUAAAUCUAGAGAUAAAGAGAAUAUCAAUUAGCCUCUCUCAUCAAGUAGAUGGAAUAGAAAAACAAAUUAUGGGACUUGAACUUCACAGACUUGGUACUUAUGUAUGCAUACACACUUUCGAUAUGAGUGCAGAUAUUUUUCUUGGUGGAAUUUAUCUAGAGCACAAGGAAUAUUUAACACCAGAUAAACAGGUACUUUACCUGUUGAAUACUCCUUUCACAUCCAGUACAUCAGAAAACUUCUUUACAUUAAAUAUUUUGCAGGCUGAUAAGAAAGGACCUAAGUUUGUUACACACUAUGAAUCCACUUUUCAAAAGGUUUUUGUCAGGUUUGCACAUUUGGAUAUAAUGUUGCACCAGGAAGCCUUGUUAUCUCUAAUUAAGUUUGCCUCUAAUUUGACAUCACAUAAGGAGCAACCACAAAAAUCAGCAGUAAGUAGGACUGCUGUAAAUGAGUUAAAACAUCAACUUGCUCAAAUAUCAAAUGAAAAGAAGCAUUCAAAAAGAAAGUAUAAAGAUGAUAACAUUAUUGACACCAUAGCCAGUGUUGAACUUUCUUCCCUUUGCAUUUCACUUUGUACAAGUAAUAUGAACAUCAUGAGUAUGCAAAUCAGAGAAAUGGAUGGUGAAGUGAAACUUUUGAAAUCAAAAACAGUAUUAGCUUGUUGUUUGAAAGAAAUUUUGGUGACUAACUCUAUACCAAAUAUUUUAUAUUCAAAAAUUUUGUCUACUGUCAGUGAAGAAGUGCUGAGAGUGGAAAUUGUUUUAAAUAAAUCAAAAGAAGAAAAGUACUUGGACAUAACAUCUGUAGAUAUGGAACUGAAAGUAUUUCUUGGUGCAGUGAAAGUAGUCUUUUUAUAUUUUUAUGCUUAUAAGAUACUGAAUUUCAUCAGUGAAUUUGAAACAGCCAAGAAGAAAUUAACAGAAGCAAGCAUAGUGGCAGUGGAGAUGGCUCUACAUGGCAUGGAAGAAGCAUAUCAAAAAGCAACAAAAGUUUCUUUAGAUAUAUUUCUGAAGGCUCCACUUAUUAUAAUUCCACAGAAUGUUAGUUCUGAUAUUGCUGUUGUUGCAGAUUUAGGAACACUGAAGUUACACAAUUAUUUUAAAGUGGUAAAUGAUCCUAGUGAUUGUGGAACUCCAACAAUAUUUGACAACUUGUCUUUAGAACUCUUUGACUUAAAAUUUUCAUCUGCAGUUGUUCACACUGCAUCUGCAAAUAUUUUGUCAGAGUCCAUGCUAUUAAAACCAAUCAACAUGACUUUGGAAGUAAUUCGUAACCUAUCUAUAGGGUGUUAUAAUAACAUUCCAGAAAUAGUGGUUAAAGGUAAACUUGAUGGUAUGGAAAUGACUUUAAACCAAGGAGAUUUUUCUAUUAUUAUGAAGGUGCUACUUGAAAAUUUUGAUGCUGUACAUCAAAGCAGCUCAUCACCAGAAUUUAUUGCAAGAGCUACCACAGCUGAAAAGGUAAUUGUAAAAAAACUUGUAAAGGAGGAAACAAAGAAUACUGAAUUCAUAGAACUUGUUUUUAAAAAAGCAACAUUUACUUUUCAGUUGGACAGUUUUAAAGUCUCUCUUUUUGAGGGAAAUUCCAAUAUGUCUUCAGAUAUGUCAAAAAGAAAACCAGAAUGUGCACUGGCUGAGCUUGAAUUUUUGACCAUAGCUAUAAAGGGAGAAGUCCUUAGUGAUGGUUUUCUUUGGGCUAAUAUUAUUCUUAAGAACUGCAUUUUAGAUGACAUACGGGUUGUUAGGAAAAAAGGAAUCACCAGACUAAUGGAAUGCAGCAGUGUAGCUAGUAAUGAUAAUCAAAAUAUGAUUGAUAUUAUUUUCAUACAAUAUUCAAGCCAAGAAAGAUUUCUGGAUGUUAAAAUUUCAAGUUUCAGUCUCAUUCUUAACUUAUUGUAUUUAAUGACACUGAGAGAUUUUUUUUCUAAGGCUAUGCCAGAUAAAAUAAUUUCACCACAGUCUACUAUUACUUUGAAGCCCAAGACAGUUUCAAACCAUGCUGACACUGAUUCCAGAGCAUGUAUAACUAUAACCCUUGAUAUUAAACAGCCAGAUUUAGUUCUCAUGGAAGACAUGGAAGACUAUAAUUCUAAUGCUGUAAUCUUGAACUUUCAAAUGAAUGCCAAAGUGUCAGUGUCACCAGAUGCUCAGUUAGUCAAUGGAUUGAUUUCUAAAUUUCAGCUUUUUACAGCUUGUUUUAACCCAGAAUUAAGGGAAAAGACAAUCUCAGAAAUUCUAAGACCCUGUGAUAUCAUUAUUUGCUCUAAUUCACCCAAAAUGAGAAGUCAGCAUAUAAAUAUUGAAUUCACCAGAAUUUGUUUGAAUAUAUCACCAAACACUACACAUAUAAUGACAAAAAUAUUAUCUGGUUUGUUACAUCAGCAAAGCUCAAAAAAGAUUGAAGAAGAAAAGUGUUGUGAAAAUUAUUCUGAGUUAUGGUUGCCAAAGAAACUUGAAGAAUGCUCUUUUUGGUUUUUAGAAACUGUAGUCUUUGCUGAAGAAGCUUUAAUAAAUGAUGCUACAUUGCCUGCUGAAGAUAGUGUACAAGCAGAAGCUGAUUCAGAGCUACUGAUGUUGACUAUGAAAACUAUUAUAUUAACAGUUGAAAUAGGUAGAGGGAAACAGACAGUUCCUAUGAUUUUGAUGGAAGCUGCUUUCCAGGCUGAGAUACAAAACUGGAGCUCAAGUCUUCAUGUUGAGUCAUUUUUCUUGAUAGAAAUUGCUUACUAUAAUGAAAAAUUGGCUUUGUGGGAACCACUUCUUGAACCAAUUGAACAGUCAACUGGGAAAUCAAAACCAUGGGAGCUAGUUGUGGAAGUGACCAAGAACCCUGAAUUACCAGAAGCACCUGCUGAAAAUGGAGAAUCGUAUGAGGUUUCUUUUUUCCCUCCAGUUAUGAGCAUUGUUAUAUUUUCUAGUGAUGUAAUGGAGUUGACAGUCAGUAAGAUUGCUUUAGAGGGUUUAAAUAACCUUAUCCAGGCUUUUGGUGAGGUAGUUAAAAAUACUCACAAAUUCAAACACACACAGACAGAAGUAUCGUAUGUUAUAAAAAACCACUUGGGUCUUCCAGUGCAUGUAAUACUGCCCAAUGAUACUUCACAAGUAGUUGGACAAAAUCAGUCUAGUUUCAAAGAGGUAUUGUUGGAGUCUGGUAACACUCUUUAUUUAAAAUGCUCUUCCACUAAAGAAUCAGAAAGUAAUAUAUCUAUUCUAAACCAGCAGAAUGUAAAAGUAGAAGAAAUACUUUGCUUGAAAAUUGUGACUCAUCAGGUAAAUUCUGUUCGAAAACUCAAUAUUUCUCAGGUUGGUAAGCGGUACUAUCAACUACCUAUUAAAACUUACACAGAUGAUCUGUGGGCUUUUGUUGUGGAUGUGUCUCUAUUACAUGGUUCAAAAAUAGUUACUUUUCAUGGCUGCAUCACCUUGUAUAAUCAUUUGUCAGUGUCAUUUGAAUUAUAUUACAAGAAGCCAAGUGGAAAUGAACUGCAAAUUUGUGGACUUGUAGAACCUAAAAAGAUGUGUUUUGUUCCAUUACAUGGAAUAUACUCUCUCACUAGUGAACUUUUCUUUAAGCCUACCAAAGGCUCAAAUACCAUAUGUGCAGAGCCAUUUGUUUGGAAGGAUCUAAUAAAUGAGCCAAAUACAUUCAAAACUCUUGAAUGCACUGGUUAUGGUGAUGUGGAAAGCAACUUUUUUUUCAAAUUAUUUGGAGAAGUUGAACAAAUUCUUUAUGAAGAAUCUAUGAAAAGGACUGUAAUGAGCACUUGUUACAUGUUACAUUUACGACCAACUGCAUCACUGAGAAACUUGCUUCCUCUUAUUGUCACUUAUACUAUACAAGGAAUGAAGGAAGAGUAUAUCUUGGAUGAAGGCAGCACUCAUGAUCUUACAUUUGCUUACCCUGGCAAGACUUAUUUACAGAUAAAGUUGCCAAAUUAUCUAGAUCAAAUCUGGGUAUGCACUAAAGAAUUGAAUCCUGCUGUAACUGAAUUGUCUGUUUGGACAUUUUCAUCAACAGUUUUAGAUAAAGAACUGACUUUAGACCUAGGUAUGCAUACUAGAAAGUGUGAGGGUUAUUUAGAUAUGGAAAUAUACUGCCCCUUUUGGAUGAUAAACAAAACAAAUCUUUUCCUGGCAUACAAAGGAGAGAAACAUAACGAUACUAGCCAUCCUGGAAAUUUAAACAUCCCUGUAUUAUUUUCAUUCAGAACCAAAAACUUUUUUUCUAAAAGCAAAGUUUCUAUAAAAGUGGAGGAUUCAGAGUGGUCAAAUGAAUUUUCAGUGGAUGCUGUGGGAAAUUGUGGCUCAGUUGCUGCUAGGGUAAAAAAUGGUAAAAUAUACUGUGUCAGUGUACAAAUUAUGCUUAGCCAAUCUAGCUUGACCAAAAUUGUUGUGUUCACACCAUUUUAUCUGUUAACCAAUAAGAGCAAGUGUAAUAUUCAAAUUAAAGAGGACCUAGAAUCAGCACAGUGGCUUACUGUCCCUGCUGGUGAGUGUGUUCCAUUUUGGCCCGAUCAAACCAAAAAAUCAGGAGUGGUAGUAAAAUAUGAUGGUUUUAAAGAUCAGAGUGCACCUUUUUCAUUCAAAGAACCACAUUCACAUCUCUUAAGAUUGGCUGGUAUUAAAGGAGCAAUUUAUGUGGAUUGCCAAUAUAGAGAAUCUUCAACUGUAUUAAACUUCUGUGAUUACUAUGAAGGGUCAGCUCAAGUUCGACUUGUUAACCACACAGACAGUUUUACUGUGAAGUACUCUCAGUGUGGUAAAAAGGAGAAACAACAGCUGGAACCACAACACUGUAUUCUCUACACAUGGGAAGAUCCAAUGGGUGAAAAAAAAUUGGCCUGGUCUUGUGGACAGAAACUUUAUGAAAACAAUCUGAUCCAAGAUGGAAUUGGUGAGUUUUUUGCCGACAAAGACACAAAAAUGUAUUGGGUGUCUUUUUUGGAUGGAUUUCAACGAACUAUAUUGUUUACAGAAGAUGUUGCAUUAGUAACUGCUGCUCAAGUAGCUGGUGAGCUAGAGCAACAUGAGCAAGAAAUAACUGUUUCUCUCUUAGGUGUUGGAAUCUCUUUUGUAGACAGUGAGAGUAGAUCUGAGAUUAUGUAUGUUAGCUUUGCUAAUUCAGGAGUGAUGUGGGAACAGUGCAAGCUUAAAAGUUUAAGUUUCAAACCUGUAAGUGUACAAGAAAAUAUGCUAUUAGAAACUGGAUACCAGAAAUACUUGAAUGAAACUAAAUUAGGGAAACUGACAAAUUCCAGGAAAUUUCUAGAUGAGAAAAUUGAAAUUGACUUCAGUGAGAUGUUAAUGUAUAAACCUAACAAAAGGCACAUUCGGAGGACUUUUCAAGUAGGUGUUUGGGUUCAGUACAGCUCAUCUGCUCAUCUCACACAGCUGCAUGCAAAAAUAAACAAAUUACAAAUUGAUAAUCAAUUGACAGAUUGUGUCUUUCCAGUGGUUCUUGCUCCAGUACCACCUCCAAAGUCUGUUACUUCUGACAGUAUUCCUAAACCUUUUACUGAGGUCAGCAUCAUGAUGAGGAAAGCAGAACACAGUUUACUUAAUCAAUUCAAGUACUUUAAAUUAUUGGUACAGGAGUUUCAUGUGAAAGUAGACCAGAGCUUUUUAAAUUCUUUGCUUGCUUUCUUUUCUUCAGGAGAAAAGGGUUAUAAAAAUUAUGCAGAGCUUCUGAAGAAAGACAAAGAAAUACUGAAAUAUAACUUGAAGGCAUUUGUAACAAUAUACUCUUUCCAUGAUCAGAAGAAUUUCUAUGACAUUCUUCAUUUCUCACCAAUUAAAGUUCAUUUAAGUUUCUCCAUAACAGGAGGUGGACAUUAUCUUAAUCAACCAAAUCCUAUUCAUUCUGAACUCAUCAAUCUUCUCUUUCAAAGUGUUGGAAUCACAGUAACUGAAAUACAAGAUGUGAUAUUUAAACUAAACUACUUUGAGAAGCAGAAUGUUUUCCUUUCUCAUAGACAGAUUUUAUCAGAUGCAAUCAUACACUACAAAAGACAGGCUCUUAAGCAACUUUACAUGUUUGUACUUGGCCUUGAUGUUAUUGGUAAUCCUGUUGGACUUUUGCUUGAAAUGGGUGAGGGAGUUGGUGAUUUAUUUUAUGAACCAUUUCAAGGAGCAGUACAGGGCCCUGAAGAGUUUGUAGAAGGACUAGCUAUUGGUGUUAAAAGCUUGUUAAGACAUGCUGUUGGUGGAGCAGCUGGUGCUGUUUCUCGUAUCACUGGCACUCUAGGUAAAGGUGUGGCAGCUCUCACAAUGGACCAAGAGUACCAAAAGAAAAGACGACAGCAGAGGAACAGACAGCCUGGAGCUGUGAGACAAGGCUUAGCUCAGAGUGGAAAAGGCUUUGUCAUGGGAGUCUUUGAAGGAGUCACUGGUGUUGUAAUGAAACCAAUAGAGGGAGCCAAAGAAGAGGGUUUUGGAGGCUUUUUCAAGGGUGUUGGGAAAGGUCUGAUUGGUAUUGUUGCUCGUCCAACAUCUGGUGUUGUUGAUUUAGCUAGUUCAGGCCUGGAGGCUGUAGUGAAAGUAACUGAACUUUCUGAUGAAAUUAAACGAGUAAGGUAUCCUCGCUACAUUCAUCCAGAUACAGUCAUUAAACCAUACAAUGUCACUGAAGCUGAAGGAAAUGAAAUUUUACAGGAAGUUAGAAAAGGAUGUUUUGCUACAACAGAUGAAUACAUGGCCCACUUUCCAGUUAGCAGUGAUGGCAAAAACCAUUUACUACUAACAAAUAGAAGAGUAAUGUUUAUAUACCAUGGGGAUAUCUUUGGUCAGUGGAUUAUGGAUUGGCAGAUCACCUGGAAUGACCUCAUGGAAACUCCACAGGUAACAGAAAGGGGAAUCAAGUUUGUGUUGAAGGAGCCUAUGAAGAAAUUAGGAGGUUUAGGUGGAAGUGGACAGACAAUCAAGUUCCUUCACAUCUAUGAUCCUAAACUGUGUACUUGUAUUGUGGAAAAAAUUAAGGAAGCCAUGAAUCAGUGAGUGUAAUUUUUAGAAACUUAAGUAUAUAUGUUUUAUAUAUAGCUUAGAACAUAAAAUCAUAUGAUACAGUCAGUGUUGGCUGUAAAGUGCUUUCACAAAAGAUAAAUCUAGCUAUAUCAACUGGUAAUUUUGCUCCUAGUUUUUGUUAGAACCAAGCUUUUCAUUGUGAUUGUUAUAUGUAAAUUCGUUAAAUCUGGUAGCUUUUGCUGUAAUUUGAAAUUAAGCACAGAAAACUGUGUUUUGGGAAGUUUUCAAGAUAUUUCACCACCAAAUAUGAUAUAUCAUGCAGUCUUUUUGAAAUAUGUUAAUUCGUAAUAUAAAGUACAGGUAGUGACUAAAUAUGAUGUGAAGGUUGGUUUUGGCUUGUUCAGAUAUUUUGUUCAGUGUUUAAAUAUAUAUGCUAUUUAACUUAAAAUCAGAUUGAACAUUAGUUUUUAUAAGGAAAAAACUAUCAGUUAUCACUGUUGCAUAUCUAGUCCCCAAAACUCAGGUUUCCUUUUGUUGUUGUUGUUUUUAUCCUUGCCAUGAUGUGUAUGCAAACAAUAAAGUACUUUUUUUUUAAAAGAGUGAUAAAUGUUUAAACGUUUUAUCGGCAUUUUCCAAUUUGUUUAAAUGUAUUAUAAUAUUCAUUUGAAUUGUUUAUAGCUACAACUGACUUUUCUUUUGUAUGUAAGACAGGCUGCUAGGUGAUGCUCACGUGCAAUAUAUUUAUAUUUAAAUAUUUAUUUGAAGAUAUAUAAUGCUAUCACCCUAUUUGUUUUGAAAUGUAUAUACAUAGAACACAGCUAUUCUAUGUAUAUGUAGUAUGAUCUUUUAUUUAUACAAAAUAUGUUUUGAAAUUAUGCUGUAGUAUUGGUUGUGAAUACUAUAUAUUUUAUUUUUACUAUAUUGUUGUAUGAUUAUAUUAGGCCGGUGUAUAUACAUAUGUAGACUUACUAAAAACGUAUCAAUAAAAAGUUAUUUACGAACAAACAUUUGAAUACGCUUUCCUUACACUUUUAUUGUAAAAUAUUAUGAUGGCGAAAUUAUAUUAUCCACAUCAUCCUAUCAUGUAUAUGAUGAGUUCUUCUUAAUUGUUAACAAGGUUUUAGUCAAUAAUGAUUUAGGUCAUUUUGUAAUAUCGGAAGGAUAAUUAUUUCUAUUACUUGCAAAAAAAUAUUUGCCAUUCUAGCAACGUAUUUUCCGUUUUUAUCCGUAGCCAGUCGACAUUUGUUUUAACUGGACUUUUAAUGUGAAAAUGGCUGAACUGUAGACAAGUGACAGCCGUGACUAAUAAACGAUAUAUUAAAUUAAGUUGUUUUACUGGCUGCUGGAUUUUUUCUUUUUGCAUAAAUUAUUAUUGAAAUUAGCUUUGCCAAGUGUGACUGUUUUCCAGGAAAUUUAACACAUAUACCAUGCAUUAUAUGAAUGUCUUUACAAACUUUUCAUCAUGAUAAGAUAACCGGAUUUUCCUAAUCAGUUCAAGGUUUUCAACUAAAUGAAAACCUCAUAGCCAUGAAUUUUUACAUUCUAUGUUUAUGUUUUAAGUACUUUCUUCUUUCAACAAAACUGUAUUACGCUGAAUUGUAUGAGUUUUAUACAAAGGAUGCAUGCUUAUAAUUUUUAUAUUCUGAAAUGUAAAAUCGAUUUAUCAGAUAAGAGGUUUUACCGUGUAUGAAAUAACUACACUUUUCAAUAACUAGGUAAAUAGUUUAUAGUAUAUUUGAAAAGUACUAAAAAAUAAGUUUAACGAAUUCAAAUCAAAUUUUUAUUCUUUUAUUAUUAUUGUCAGGGAAAACUGGUAACUUGGAACGUUACGGUUCUGUAAGUCUCCGCUAUGUCUAGCUACAAGUAUGUUAUCCAUUCAUUAUUUUUACUUAGAUUCACAGCUAGAUGUGUUUCCUUAGUGUUUGGAGCUCUCGGUAAAGUGUAGAUAAAAGCACAAGUGACAUUUUUUAUCUUUAAAUUUUUUUU